CAAGCAGCAGCCAUCAGAAAUGGCUGACGGCCUUACAUUGACCCAUUCACCAGCAUAGUCAAGUCGGGUUACUUGAUUGCGACGGACGCGUCAGUGAUCAGUCCAGUCGACAAGGGCUCGCAAGUUUCACCUACACAUCAAAGACAAUGUGCAGUAAGAAGGCCAAUUUACAGCCAUGGGUCGAUUGGUUCGAUCGCGGUUAAAAACCGGCAUUAAUAUGCGCCGCGACUCGUACUUUCUGGUCGUUAGCUGCACUUCGCUUUUACUUUACGCCAUUUGUUUGUACACGUUUCUCCAUUUGAACGGGUAUAUCGGUGCAAAAAGUUUGGUACCGGGAGCUGCACCGCCAACCGGGAUCGGAGCACGACACAAGGAACAGGGCGAUGUUCAAAAGAGCUCGCUUUUCUCAGCUCCAUACGUCAAAAGCCAGGCAGAAUUCGACGACGGCAAGAUCCACGAAUUUCAGCACAACGUCGGACAUCCAGUCGACUGGGAUAUGCGAGUCAAAGAUUUGGGUGUUCACGACAUUGGCGAAUACAUAAGAACACAGCGCGAGAAACGAGAACACAUUCAGAUGCUGUUACAGCAGCCUGGAAUGCAGACGGCAGCAACGAAACGAGGUCCACCACGGAACGCGGAGCAUCGUAGGUCCGUUGCUGGACGAAACGUGAACGAAAAGGCGCUGUUAGGAGAAAGAGAGGCUGGAGGAGAGUCUUCUUGGCGACGGAUAAGCCGUUCAGUUAGCCACUCGAACUCCAGUGCAAAUCAGAGUACGGAAGUCAAGAAAGCAGGCAACGUGAACGACAGCGAAGAGGUCAAACCUCAGCCUUUGUUUCCUAAAGAUCUUUUCACGCAAGAGGAACGUCAACGCGGCGCUGUCAUAUUCCACGUGAUGGGCGUUGUCUACAUGUUUGUAGCGCUGGCCGUCGUCUGCGAUGAAUUUUUCGUGCCCUCGCUUGACGUUAUCAUCGAAAAACUGAAUAUCCCCGACGAUGUGGCCGGCGCCACUUUCAUGGCGGCUGGUGGCAGCGCACCGGAGCUCUUCACCAGCGUCAUCGGUGUCUUCGUCUCGUUUGACGAUGUUGGCAUCGGCACCAUCGUCGGCUCGGCAGUCUUCAACAUUCUGUUUGUCAUCGGUAUGUGCGCGUUGUUCAGCAAGACGAUCUUGACGCUGACGUGGUGGCCACUCUUCCGCGAUUGCACCUUCUACAGCAUCAGCCUCAUUGCGCUCGUCCUCUUCUUCAUGGACAACAUCAUCGUAUGGUGGGAGGCGGCUCUCCUGCUUUUACUUUACGCUGCCUACGUCUCGUUUAUGCGAUGGAACGAGGAUGUCGAACGAGUCGUCAAGCGCUUCCUCUACCGUAAUACUAUGCCUCGCAUCUCCAGCACCGAUCAGCUCGUUACAGCCAACAAUGCAAACAAUCGAGGUCCUCCUAGUCAAGCGUCAGUAAGCAGCGGAGGCGGCGGAUCUUCGGGAACCGCUGGAAACGUUGCCGGUGGAACCGCCAAUGACAGAGGCCGUGCUGCAAGUGCCGGCAUCCGAGGUUCCAAGUUCCGCCACGGACUGCUCACGUUGAUGAUUCACAGCAUUGAUCCGAUGCAUGACGGAGGUCAUGUUGACGACAAAGCCAACAAACUGCAUGCCAUCGCCUCUUUGCGAGUAUUGCUGGACGCUACGAAGGAGCAGACCGUAGUCAAUGGGCGAGAUGCAAACGAAGAGCUUUCUUGCAACGCGCGAUCCGAGAUGACACCCGUCGAAUCGUUCAUUGUCAGCGAAGCAACGGCAGCGUCCGCCUCCGUCUCCGCGGCUACAGCCAUUCUCACUAAAACGGACGCCGGUGUUUCGGCUGUCGUCGAUUGCACGUCAAUGUCUAAUCGGCAAGACGCUAACGGUGCUGUCGGCGGUGCCGACGGUGCUGGUGGCAAUGGCGAUGAAGAGGCAACAAAACCUCUCGAUCUGUCCUGGCCAGAAGGAACUCGCAAACAGCUAACAUAUUUAUUCCUGGCACCCAUUUUGUGGCCGUUAUGGUUGACCUUACCCGACACUCGAACGCCACAAGGAAAGCGCUUCUUUGUCAUCACCUUCGUCGGCAGCAUUCUUUGGAUUGCUGCCUAUUCAUAUCUCAUGGUAUGGUGGGCUAACUUGACUGGAGAGACCGCUUACAUCCCUCCCGAGGUUAUGGGCUUGACCUUUCUGGCUGCUGGUACCUCGAUCCCUGAUUUAAUAACGUCGGUGAUUGUAGCGCGAAAGGGCCUGGGAGAUAUGGCUGUUUCUUCGUCGGUUGGAUCGAACAUUUUCGACAUUUGUGUUGGUCUACCGCUUCCAUGGUUACUGUAUUGCAUCAUAAUCGGCAGCCCGGUACAAGUGAGCAGCUCGGGAAUGGCCUGCUCCGUCCUUGUUCUUUUCGGUAUGCUAUGCUUUGUCGUUCUCAGCAUUGCGUGCUUCCGAUGGAAAAUGAACAAGGCCCUUGGAAUCACCAUGUUCUUAUUCUAUUUCAUCUUCGUCGCCGUUUCCCUUGGAUUCGAGUACGGUACCUUAAGUUGUCCGGUUUAGGUUGUUCUGCCAACGGCCUUCUAAAUGAAAAGGAAAAAUCCCCCAUCAGCAUUUAUUUCAAAUUUUUUAAAAGAUACAACGAUUCCCAUAGCUGAAGCCCCUGUUGAGACUUGAAUUGAAUUUCGAUCUACCUUUCCCAUUAAAAAAAAAAAUAUUAGUUGGUUAUGAUUGAUUUUUUUGUGUUCAUUUCCCACCGAAAUAGUAAAGAUGUAACGCAAAUCAUUUUGAUCGCAUUCUUCGUCCACCCGCCACUUGGAUUUAGUUCAAUUCCGCAUUUGUAAGUCUUCAUUUUUACGCAGUCCCGGUUGCUUGAUUUUACGGCUUCUUUUGUGAAAUAUUACGAAUGAUUUGACGUAGACUAUAAUAUGAUUUUCAUUUUCUUUUCAAAGUGUGCGUUUAAGGUCAAUGAUCAUUUAUAGGUCUGGGAUAUGAAUCAAGAUCGCAGAGGGCUGAUUCGAGUAAUGACUUCUUCGUUUAAAUAUUGGAGUUUAUUCUAACUCAAGAUCAUUUAGUCGACACAUCGGUGAAUUAUGAUAAUCAUUUCCGUUUAUAUGACAACGAUUGUUAUUAAAAAAAAAAAAAAAAAAAAAAAACAGAAAAGAAAAAAGGGAACUCGAUAUGUUAUAGUGCUAUACAACAAGGGAGGCCAUAGACAAGUCAUCGCCGCCAAUAUCAAAAAUUACAUUACAACAGCAUUCACAGCUAUUAGCAUUUCGAUUAUCGUCACAAUUUAUAGAGAACUUUUGAUAAUCUGUGUUUAUUGAGUUUGUUUGAUUCACUAUAUAGCCUUUCUAUGGUAUUUUAGAAACUUGUUUAACAUAUACAUUUUUUUAUACGAUUACUCUUGAAAGCAGUUUUUUAAGGACCCGUAUCAAAACAAAUUAAACCGUAAUUUGUUUAACUUUUUAUAUAUUUUGGAUUCCAUGCGCAAUCUCGAAUUUGAGAAGCACAUAUUUAUGCUAGAUCGAAAUAAGACUUUAAAAAAAAAAAAGCUUAUUUAAAAGAAUGACACCCUCAGAUGUUUUUCUUCGUCUUGGUGGCCAGAAAUAUCUGAUCUUCGCGCAUAUAGUAAUUAAAUCCUUCCUCGUGUAGAUGCCACUUCCAAAAGAUAGGAAACACCUGGAGGGGAAGAUCGAAAGCAAUAACACUAUUAUUAUUUAUGUAUUUAUGUUAUCGCGCACAAUUGGUGAUCUCUUUUUUUCUCAUCCCUCAGUUCCCGGUAAAUGGUUCGUAGUGAUUAGUUUGCGUGCGAAGAUCUCCUUGCGUUCAUUCGCUGCAGCCUGUAUUUAAAACAAUUCCUCCAGAUAUUGGUGGCGUAUUUCUAGCAACUGGGAAUGGAAAGUAGACGUGUGAUUUUUUUCUCCUAUUCUUAAUAUUCUAGACAAAUUUGUAAAGCCCUUCCUUUCUCGAUUUUUUAACUCGAUAUGUUGUUAUUGUACGUAAAGCUGAAAGUGGAAAUGGUUAAAAAAACAACGGAAGUCAUUCUGGGGUCAAAAGCAAUACACAUGGAAAGUCAAUAGACA